CUUUCCAAUCCUUCGUGCAAGAUGAGAGAAAAAUGUUUGUUUUAUUCUAUUUCCACACAUGUGUUUUUUCUCCAGCUGUGGAGGUAAACACGCAGCAUGAAUGUGCAAUCUAAGCCUGUACCUGGCCCUCGCCACGCACAGCUACUUGCAACUUGAGACAAAGUCUACACUUCCUCCCUGCAGAAGUUUGAAGGGUCCUGCGGUGUGUGUGUGUGUGUGUGUGUGUGUUUGUGUGUGUGUGUGUUCGCCCUGUAAGCGAGGAAGGCCCCAGUAUCAGUGUUGGCACAAAAGGACCAGUCACAGGGAGCGCAGUUGGCAGAGGGUUGAGCUGUGUGGCCCUGUUGGAUUUUUUUUUUCUUUCUUUUUUUUCGGGCUGCAUUAUGCAUUCAUGUUUAGUCUCAGGUGCUGCGUUUUAUCCCCCAGGCCAGCUUGGACACAUUUUCAAUGGACCUUUUGGAUGCAAAACUGUAUAGGUGGGAGCAAAAAAAGAUUUCCAUGCUUAUAGAGAUCUGCCGCUUUGUUCUGUCAGAUUCAAUUACCUCACCUCUAAUUAGGGAGCUAUAGAGGAGGCUGGGUUUGUGAUCCACGCAUCGCACUGUGGAGCCCGCUGAUAAUGCGAGGUAUCGCUAUCACAGCCCGGCCACAAGCUCCACACAUUGAAAAAAAAUAAAAAAUAAAAGCGUGGCCAUGAAAUAAGCAGACGCUCGUGCACUUUUGCACACACAUAUUUGUCUUAUUUUGUGAGUUUCGGAGGCAAGUUUGGCAUAUCUGUGGGGGUUUUUAGUUUUGUCCCGUAAGAUAUGCUCAUUCCACCACCUCUGUCCUCGUCCUCUCUCCCUCUGUGACUCAUUAAUCCUCUGUCCAUCAUAUGGUCUCAGCGUAUCACCCCAUUUUAUAGACUCAGCGGGGGCAUUACCAUAUCCCUCUCUGGAGCUCCACUCCGCAUGGCUGAUCCCUAUCAGACAGAGGCCACGCCACGAACAAAAGAGCCACUGUGAUCAGGCCUUGCAUUCAGCCACCAAUGUCUCUAUUAGCAUUGGCUGCUCCUGGCUGCAUGACUGUUUGAACAGGGAGCUGAGAUUUCUCCUCUCUGGUCGGCGGAGGAAGAGCCCGAUGAACGCGGAUGAUACCGCUCAGGGCGGAGGGCUAGCAAACCGAGCCCUUUUCUCUACAAAGUCAAGCUUGUGUAUUAGCACUUGGUGGUCCGACCUGGACUUCAGGGAGAGGAUGAGCAUUGUGGGACAGCGACUGAUGAUUAUUUUCUUUAUUUAUCCGAUGAUUAUUUUCUUUAUUUAUCCGAUGAUUAUUUUCCAGGUUGAUUGAUUGUUUAGUCGAGUGGUUUCGAACACAUGUCCACUUGUGACACUCGUCAGGCUACGGACAUCUGAGUAUGUUCUAGGAUUUAGAAUUUGAGGAGGAAAAAACACCACAGGAAGUUAUAUUUGAAACAUACUGUUUAUGUAACAGAAACAUUUAUAUGUAUUUAGAAUUAAUUAGCAUUUUAGCCUCAUCAUGGGACCGCCUUGGAUACAGAGGCACUAAUGCUAAUAUCAGGCCGAUACUGACUCAAACAGCUGGAUCGGGUGUCCGUGAGAAUGGAGUCGAUUUAUUCAACUUAAUUAUAUGUUUUUAUAAUUGUAUACUGGAACUUGUUGCUGCAUUAAAAGAGGUUUACACUUAAAUUGCAAUUCCUGUUAAUUUUUUACCAAGUUGCCUCUGUAGGGUUUAUUAUAAUAAUACAUAAUUCAGUACAUUUAUAUCUAUGUAUUUAUUUGUGACAUUUUGUUCGACAAAGUAAUGAAAGUUAUGAUGUUGCUUUACACAUUAAACAAUAAUCCCAGUCACUUCCACACAGUGAGGCAUACAGCUUGAUAGUUAAACACUGGUAUCGGAUCGGUACUCGGUAUCGGACGAUGUCCGAACCCCAGUUAUCAGUAUCGGUAUUAAGACUGAUGAAGUUGCAUUGGUUCGUCCCUAGCCUCAGAUAUUUAGGAUCUCUUGGGGUUCCAAGUUGGGAACCGCUUGUUCAGGGAUGUGCAAGGAGACAUCUUCUCCAAAUGUCCAGAAAAUAAUGACAUUUGAGACGCUGCCAUUUCUGCUGCCUCAAGGACAAUUUCUUGAUCAAUCAAUUAUCAAAAUAGUUUUGUUCAGAGGAGGUUUUCAGAAAUGUAACUGAUGUAUGUUUGAUGAUGUUUUGAAAGCUUGGAUUCAUAUUUCAAACUUGAAAACAGCUGCCAUCAAUGGCGACUUGGCUUUUCUUUUGUAAACAGUGGAACAGUUGAAGACGCCCACAUGGUGCAAAGCAGGGUUUGUAUAGAUUAUAUCACACGGACAAGACAGACUCAAUGAGUGACAAGACUACCAAGAGGUUCCCAAGUAAGUUUCCAAAACACUGUUUGAAUCCAAAAUCACCUCUCAUGUAAAGCUCCCUGCUUUAAACAGAACUCUGAGUCUGUUUUAAUGAGCGCAAAAAUUUUAAGGCGGACUGUGUUGUUUUCCGGGGCGGCGUGGAAACGCCGACGCUCUCCCUGCGGUGUCAUUGGCCAUCUGAACUCCAGAGUGAGGGCCUGAUAAGAGGGUGAGGCCGCACACAUUCCAUCGGGGCCCAGUUCGUCAGCGGACCCUAUAGAAAUGCACCGAGAGGCGCGGGUCACACGGGCGAAUGUGACAGGAUUUUAAACAGUACACAACUAAAUAUAGCGGGGGGGGGGGGGGGGCGCCACUAUCAGAAAAUGAGUUAGGAGUGUGGUGCUGGUCGUUUAGAAAGUCAUUAUUGUUAUCAUUGCUGUCUCUGAAAUAAUUUCAGGUCUCUCCAUGCACGGAAUACUGUAUAAUAAACUAAACAUGUGAGAAUGCUCACAAACUUUGUUAAUCUACGCCGAGCCCGGGAAGUAGCUUUCAGCCCCCCCCCCCCUUAAUGUCUCAGACUGGGUUGGAGUGUUUCAUUUUUCCAUAUUCAGCAAGGCCUCCGGUGUCUCUAUCGCUUUGAAAAAGCUCCAUUUAGUUACUAUCUGCUAGAGUGGGGAAGUGAGAUGCCCUUAUUCCGAGUCUAUUAAACCUCAAUUCUAUCUCAUCUUAUCUCCCUAAUCUUUGUGUCUUAUUGACCAUGAAGUUUAUCUUUAAUCUCCCUUUACCCUUAUUAUCGCACGACACUGUAGGUCUAUUUUCUGCGGUGCAAUGGUGCUGCUGUAUUUGCCGGCAACAGAGGAAGAAUCGUUUAGUUGUACACACAGUUCUUAUUCAGCUGUGUAAUGGAAUGUGUACAGAGUGUGUGUGUGUGUGUGUGCGUGUGUAUAGAAACGCGUUUCUCCUCGCACUGUCCUCAAUUGCCUUGGCAGGAGCUGCUUUUUUUUUUUUUUUUUUUUUUUUUAACGCCAGUCAUACAAUCUCCCCUUGAUGCAGCGAUAUUUAUCUCCCGGCAUCAUCUUGAGCGAUGGUCGCCUCAUGGAGUCACUUCACGCCUCGCUUCGCUCCUCGGCAAAAUCAGCAGAAGGCGCCGGAUAAGAUCAUAAAACUGUAUCCUAAUUUGAAAAGCGCCACUCCUUCUCUGCCUCCACAGUGUCUAUUAGGAGAUCUGUGCGCUAAUUCUUUUCAUGUCCGGGGCUUCCUGCAGAUGUGGUGCUUUCUACAAAGGGGUAAUUUAUAAGACUAAUGAAAAGAGCAAGCGCUUUUGCGGACAUUGGGGGGGUCUUUUAUGAGGCUCGGUGCGGGGGAAGAAAGAGAAACAGGAGAGGCCCCGCUUUCUGAACUGAAAUGAUACUUUAUUCGAGCUGAGGGGGCCUCGCUCGCGCUACAAUAGAACAAACAUGUUGGAAGGUGUCGAGAGGAUAUCGGCGCGCUCUGUUUGAGCUCCGGGGUGAUGCACGAGAGGCUGCAAGCAAAGCGCACGUGUGACAGGCAAGACAGCGUCCACAUCUGGCAGCACUUUUGAUUUUUUUUAAGAAAGGUUUUCACGUAUUAUUUCAUAACAUAAACUAACCUUCAACUCCUUCGCCGUGGUAAUUCACGUGCAGGCGUGUUGUGGUGGGGGAAGGAGAGGUGUGGUGGAUGCACAUUAUCUUAAUAACAUUCAAAUGCCGGAUGAGAUGUUUCUCAGAACUAAUACAAUCCCAGGUAGCAGUACGGUAAUUCCAUCAGCGCCCUUGAUUGAAGCAAAAAAAUGGUAAUAUGCAAAUUGAGAAAAGAGAUGUACAGCUACGAGCGAAACUCCGGAAUCAUUUAGAUUUAAAGAAAUAAUAUUGCACAGAGGGGGGAAAACAUUAAUCACAUGGAAAAGUGUCUCCUUUAAGAUUGCACUGGUGUAUUACCCGGAGGCACGGAAUGUAAAUGGAAAAUCAACAUUGUACCCUGUGAUAAGGCUAACAAAUUAAUAAAAGUAUUUUCUUCCCUCCUCCCUGGCUGAUGCCUGGAUGAAAAGUCUGGAAAAGGAACUUUUCUUCUUUUUCUUUUUUUUCCUGCCCUCCCUCCGUCUGUGUGAGGUUUUGUUUUGCAGGUGUAGCGGAUUAACAUCAGCGCUCACCUUGGCUGCAAGUCAGCGGGGUUUUUUUUCAGUCUCGAAGGGCUUUUUCAAUAGCUAUAAUGGAAGGACCUUUGUGGAAUAUUAUGGCAAAGUAAUAUUCUUUAUUGACACGGCCUUAUCUUUGUCUAUGCUGUGUGUCUGAACAUGGAGCGUAUAGACCGUGCAGUGCUGUGCUGUGCUGCUCUUUGAGUUGCAUCUACAUUUGCGGUAUCUCAACAAAAGAACCAAGUAGAAGGAGGUUUUUUUUUAGAGAGAGAGCCUGAAGGAUGUGAUGAAACUGCUGAACAUCUUCCUUGUGUGUUUGUGUGUGUGGGUGUGUGUGUGUGUGUGUGUAUUUAUGUGUGUGUGUUUGUGUGUUCCCUCAGGUCCUCUGGAGGAUGGCCUGGAGGAAGAGGAGGAGGAGUGCGUCUCCGAGGAGAACGAGCUCUUGGCCAAAGACGAGUUCUCGGCGGAGGAGAACUUCUCUGCCGAGUUUGAGGCAGAGAACAUGAGCUGUGAAGACAUGGAGUACUUCUGCAGCAAAGGAGAAGAAGAUGGCAACCGAGAAGUAGGAGAUUCGGAGAUGGACGUGCAGGGCGAGAAGACCAGGCAUACCAUCGUGGGGCCAGAUGACUGGGAUGGUCCAAGAGAGCUGGAUGGCUUCCUUAAUAAAGACGGCGAGCGUCGUAUCCACACCCGGCAGCAGCUCCCCGUGGGGACGACAUGGGGACCCUUCGAGGGGAAGAUCGAGAUGAGCGCUGACAGCAUUGCACUGAAGACGAAGAGCACGGUCCCGGUGGUGCUGAGCGCCGGCCCCAGGUGGCUGCUGGAUGUGACUUGGCAGGGAGCGGAAGACAACAAAAACAACUGUGUGGUGUACAGCAAAGGUGGCCAACUGUGGUGCACCACCACCAAGAACAUGAUGGAGGGCGAGGAGCUGGUGGCGUUCGCCGUGGACUUUGACUCGCGUCUGCAGGCGGUGAACCACAUGUCUCUGAGCGAGGGCAUGUACCCAGCCAGGCUGCUGGACAGCAUCCAGCUCCUGCCGCAGCAGGCCGCCAUGGCGUCCAUCCUGCCCACCGCCAUCGUCAACAAGGACAUCUUCCCUUGCAAGGCAUGUGGAAUCUGGUUUCGGAGCGAGAGGAACCUGCAGGCCCAUCUGAUGUACUACUGCAGCGGGCGGCUGAGGGAGCCAGAGACGGUGGUGGAUGAAAACGACAACGGUCCCCAUCAGACGGCCAGCAUGUGCCCCCUCCCGCAGUGCAACAAGAGCUUCUCCGGAGCCAGGGCCCUGGAAAUGCACCUGAGCACCUCACACAGUGGUGUCAAAAUGGAAGAGAGCCUCCCUCCUGGCACCAGCUUGAAAUGCACAAUCUGUAACUACACGGCAGAUUCUCUUAUUACAUUCCAGCAUCACAUCAUGUCUCACCUGUCACAGGCGGCCUUCAGAUGCAAUCACUGCCGUAUCAGCUUCCAGAGCCACAGGGAACUCUUACAGCAUCAGGACUUACAUGGGCACGGCAGCAAACUUCACAGGGAAGGCGACGGCACCGAGCAUUCCCCCAGGGGGCCCGAGGAAAGCCUCCAGCAGCAGCAGCAGCAGGCCCGCGCUGAGCUGGCCAACAGGAAGGAUGCUCUGCUGGGAAGUCCCAAAGGGACCCUCAGCAAGGAGACCAGCACAGACGGAGAGGCAGACAAGGCUGAGAAGAAGCCCAUGCUGUCUGUUCAGAAGGGAGAGGCCCACCCAGGCAGCAAAGCCAGUUUUUCUUACACUAGGAUCAAGUCUGAGCCCUCCAGCCCCCGGCUGGCCUCCUCCCCUGUGCAGCAUAACAUGCCUACAUUUCCCAUGGGCCCCUUCUUGUCUCAGUUUGCUUUCUCCCAAGACAUUUCAGUAGUCCCGCAGGCUUCUGAGAUUCUGGCUAAAAUGUCAGAGCUCGUUCACCGGAGGCUGCGCCACGGAGGGAACAGCUACCCCCCUGUCAUCUACAGUCCUCUUAUGCCCAAAGGGGCCACCUGUUUCGAAUGCAAUAUCACCUUCAGCAACCUGGACAACUAUUUGGUCCACAAAAAGCACUACUGUAACAGCCGCUGGCAACACAUGGCAAAGUCCCCAGACUUCUCCGCCCUCUCGGAUAAGGUUCCCGAGGCGGUGAGCCCCAACAGCGGCCACAGUUCUGUUAGCAUGUUGACCAGCUGCCACCCUAUAGAGGCCGACAACCACAUCAUGCAGUCUUCCUGUCUGAACUCCAGUGUGUUGGACAUGAUCAACGCCGGGGCCAAAGAGCCUGAAAAGGAUCUAGCCGGACAGGUGAAGAAGGCCACUACCCCGACUGGGGCUGAGGAGAGGCUGAACGGCAAGCAGUUGGAGGGGAAAAGCCCCAGUACGGGUUUGGUGGAAAGUGACAAUGACCCGAACAAGACAGUCUGCGAGGCCUGCAAUAUCACCUUCAGCCGUCACGAGACCUUCAUGGUCCACAAGCAGUACUACUGCGCCACGCGUCAUGACCCGCCCAUGAAACGCAUGUCCAACAACAAGGUACCCUCCAUGCAGAGAACCAUAAGGGCCCGCAAGCGCAGGAAGAUGUAUGAGAUGUGUCUCCCAGACCAGGACCACCAGAGGAACCCUAUGGGUCAGCCAGGUUUCCUCGGAAUUCCUCCUAUGAACCCUUGUACUUCCCAGGAAGCUGUAGAGAGCCUAGCAGACCGCUUCCACCCGCGCUGUGACAUCUUCCCCGGUAUGGUACCCAAACACCUGGAGGCCUCCUUGACUGUCACUAAAGCUAUUCUGGCUCCCAAAUGCAAUACAGUGGAGCAGCAGGAGCUGGACGCCCCCAUUGAUCUCAGCAAAAAGUGUUCGCCCGUCUCCGACAAGACAUGUAGCUCCCCUAAAAGACUGUUGGACUAUCACGAAUGUGCCGUGUGCAAGAUAAGUUUUAACAAGGUGGAGAACUACCUGGCGCACAAACAGAACUUUUGCCCUGCAACAGCCGCCGCCGCCGCUGCCGCCGCCGCUCAGCAACAACAGCAGCAGCAACCACACAAUGAGACUGGCAGCCUGGAGCCGACCAUGUUCCCAGAUGUGAAGAGCGAAGGCAAUAACAACCCCGAUGACGUCUACGAUAAGAGCCCGGGAAAAUGUGAGAAGAAUGGCAACGGGAAGGGGAUGGUGCAGAACGGAGGCUUGUUCCCCCCUCACCUGGGGACCGUGCUGGGACUCAAGCCUUUUGCUGAGCCCCAGCUCAUCCCAUCAAAAGACGAGAGCAAGAAUAUGUUUCUGCCCCACUGCCUUUAUCCCGGAGCAAUAAAGAAGGCGAAAGGUCCCGAGCAACUAUCGCCGUAUUUUGGGAUAAAGCCAACCGAUUAUGUGACUGGGGGACCAGUGAUGCAGGGAGAGGCAAGCGAGCAGGAGCAGAGCGGGGGAGGAGGCGCAGGAGGAGAGACAGGAGCGACCAGGGAGCAGGCCCAGCAGCCUGCUGUUAAUGGCUGCCCCCACCCUGGCAAGGAGCCCCUUCCCCUACUCCCCAAAAACCGGGGCAUGGUCAUCGUCAACGGGGGGCACAAGCCCGAGGAGCGUUCGGGCACAGCUCCACCGCAGCAGGAGAAUCAGCCCCAGCCAGACGGCCAACCUUCCAAUCCGUCACCUACGUGGGCCGGCGAGAACCAGGCCGACUCCAACGAGAACAUGUCGCCUUCCUCCAAGUCUCCGAGCGAGCAGGCGGCGCCCACAGCCAACAAAGGCGUGAACGGCUCUGGAAGUGGCAAGUACUGCCGCCUCUGUGAUAUCCAGUUCAACAACCUGUCAAACUUUAUUACCCAUAAGAAGUUUUACUGUUCAUCACAUGCUGCAGAGCAUGUAAAAUAAGAAGACGACGCGCUCUUCUUCUCCCUCCCACACCUUUACCCCCCCACCCGACUGUUCCCCCCUUUUCCCCUCCUUUGUUUUGGUACACUGUUGUGUCUGGAAUAGUGCAUCCUGCAGUGCUAAACGCUGCUUGUGGACAAUCAAGAGAAGCUUCUUCUUUCAUCGUUUUAAGACUUUAAAAUGCAAAACCAUUGGUUUGAAAAAAAAAAGAGAAGAAAAAUGAAUCAAGAAUAAUAUUGGUGCCACUUUCACAUUAAUUUAUUUUACAAUCAGUAUUAAUAGGAGUAGUGAUCUUAAUUUAAAUUCAAAAUGAAAUUUAUAUCAGAGUUGUUUGUAAUGUUAUUGUAUAGUCAUUCUUGUGUAGCACACAUAUUGUUUACACUGUAGUGUAGGCUCAAUGAAACAGAUAGACAAUACAAAAAUGAGAUGCAUUGUAGACACAAAAAUAGCUACUGAGGCACUUGUGUAUUCUUAUUUGCUGUACCAGUUUCUGUAUAUGCCCAAAAUGUCACUUGCAGAUUGCUACUAAUGACUUGUUUGCCUUAAAGAAAUCACCAUUUGGGGGUGAUAACCAGGCACAACGCUGCAUCUCACAUUUUGGCAUAUACACAUGGCUUUGCAUACAUAUGUGGCUGUUUGUCCCCGUCUCUUUUCUUCAACUCAGAUGUGGAUGUUUUCAUGAGGAUGGCAGCAUUCUUGUAUAGUACUUGUAUUUCUGUUUGAUGAUACACUUUGGUCUCCCUUUUUGAAAUUUUGCUCUCAAUGCAAUACUUUGUAAAUGAGGGAACAUUACUGAAAAGCAGUAUUAUGAAAUGGGGGAGUGUGCAUAUAAUUAUUUGUAACCCCCGAAGGGAAGAAAAAAAAAAAAAAAAAA